GUCUACUCGUGCUCCCUCGACGGCACGGACAUCGCCACGGUGACGUCCGAGAUCGGCCGGCCCUACGACGUCUCGCUCACGCCCCACGAGGGCCGCCUCUACGUGUCGUCCGAGUCGGACAACAUGAUCUACCGCGUCGACUCCGAGGGCACGGACCUCACGUCCUGGCUCGCCGUCACGACGCCCCGCGGCGUCUGGUGCGAGUCGACGAGCGACCUGCUCUACUUUGCCAGUUACAACGACACGUACAUCGGCGCCGCGCCCAUGGACGACACGACGUCGAUUACCGUUGUCUUGAAUUCCACGGAGCUCGACGGCGAAUCCCCGAUCUCCGUCGGCGUCGACUACCUCCGCGACCUCCUCUUCUACACCACCGAGGAGUCUAUCAACGUCUACUCGCUGAUGACGCACGAGCAGGAGGUCAUCGCGUACCUGACGGGUCUCGAGUUCCUCUACGUCGAGUCCUACGUCGCGCCCACGGCCGCGCCGACGGGCAUGCCGACGAGUAUGCCCACGGGGAGCCCGACGCCGUCGCCCUCGGGGCUUCCCUCCGGGACGCCCACGGGUGCGCCUGUGCCCAUGCCGACGCCUUCGCCGACGCCCCUUCCCAGCGCGGCGCCUUCCGAGGCGCCGAUCCCGAUGCCGACGCCGGUCCCGACGCCGCUGCCGAGCUCGGCGCCGUCCUACGCGCCGCAGCCCUUUCCCACGCAUUUCCCGUCGCCGAGGCCGACGGACGUGCCCACGAGCUCUCCGACGUUCGUGCCGUCCGCGACGCCUUCGCAGAUCCCGCAGCCGAAGCCCACGACGGUUCCGACGUCGGCGCCCAUCCCGCUGCCGACGCCCUCGCCGACGCCUAUUCCGUCGGCCACGCCGUCGUACGCGCCGUCAUCUACGCCGUCGACGGUGCCGACGCCCAGUCCGUCGGAGACGCCCACGGCAUACCCGACGCCGUCGCCGACGGGUCUCCCGAGCCCGAAGCCCACGAAGGAGCCGACGAGCGUUCCUACGUCCUUCCCCACCGAACACCCGUCGCCGAGACCGACGGAAUAUCCCACCGGCGUGCCCUCAAGCUCGCCGUCGGACGUCCCCUACCCUCGCCCGACUUCCUACCCGACGCCGGUGCCCACGACGCCUCCGAGCCCGGCGCCCACGACCAAGCCCACGGCCGUGCCCACGUCCUACCCCACGAUGGCGCCGACGCCACAGCCCUCGCCGGAGCCCACGGGCCUGCCGUCGAGCUUGCCCACUCUCGCGCCGACGCCGGUCCCCACGACGUCCGUGCCGUCGCCGCUGCCGAGCGCGUCGCCCACGUCGUACUGCGAGUACCUCGAGAACGUCUGCGGCUUCUGCAACUGCGCGGAGAACCCGACGUUCUGGCCGACGCAAGCGCCGGUGAACGUCGUGACGUUCGGCGCCAACCCGACCUACCAGCCGACGUACAGCAACGGCGGCGUCGUCACCGCGGGCGACUCCGAGGUGAAGAAGGCCGGGGUCCGCACGGGCAGCGCCUAGCCGCGCGGCGCGAGCCCACACCACCCCCUUCCUUUCCCCUGUCCUUCCUCGGAUGCCCCUUUUAAACUACUCGACCCGCAUAUUUAACCGCAUAUGCUUCCU